CAUCUCUCUCUACUUUUUACUUUUCCUUAUUGGUCAUUAGAAUUAGCUUAUGGCAAGUUUCCUCUUUGAAUGCUCCAUAAUCCCACAUAAAUUGAAAUACAGAAUACCAAUUGACCAUAGGCGUUAUAUUCACUGUGGGAAAAAUAAAGGAAAGGGCAUUGAAGCAUAAAGCCAAAAUAUAUUUUAUAAAGAAGGGAAACUACCAAAAACCAAACUCAUGCAUGCCUCUCUCUCUCUCCCCCCUUCUCUUUAUCUCUGAGUUUUGAUCUUCUCUCUCUUCUUCUCUCUGUAACCUCAACGAUAUCUAUAUAUAUAUAUAAAAGUUCAGCGUCUUUGCGUUUUGAGAGUUAGUUUCUCUUCUUCCACCCCCCCUCCCUCCUCUCUCUCUCUCUCUCUCUCUCUUUAAUGGGUUUUUACUCAGAACCAUGAAAGCCUCCACCUUGAUGAUAUAAUGCGAACUAUCUUAUCGAGUGCAUAUAAGCUCCUCUUUGUGGAUUAAACUGUGGAUCCUUAUUGGCAACUGGAUCUGGCUCUGUUCUCCUUUGGGGGACAGUUCUGUUCUUCUCUGCAUAGGAGACAUGAACGCAUCCUCCGAGAGGGAUUAUGAAGAAUUCGAGAUGCUCUUAGGUGAAAUACCAAAUGCCACUCUGGUUGCUCCCCAAAUUCAGUGCCCUGCCAAUUCUAAGCGAAAAUUAGAGAACUCCCUAAUGUCUUCUAAUUCUGAUUCCUUUGCGAAUGUCUACCACUCUUCUCAAUCCCCAAAGCAAGUUUCUCCCUUCUAUAACAGCAUGGCUUAUGAUAGAAGCCCACAACUUAAUACCUCAAAACACCCAUACGAUCAGAAGCCUCAUAGCGAAGAUAGCAGCAGCAAUGGCCAAAAUGACCAUUCAAAACCCAAGUCCUCAAUUGAUCAGAAUGGGGGUAGCCUCCAUAAUCAGCAAGAUUUGACAUCUGGUUUCUCUAAUUUAAGAUUGAAAAAUGAUAACAAAAGCAUGCAAAAUUACAGCUUUUUAUCAGAUGGGCAGUUGCAAAGGUGCUUGGGCGACCCCCACUUGGCCAUUCCAAUGCCUUCCUCACCAAACCACAUAAACUGCAUGAGCUUGGUCACUCCGUCUCUUGAGCCGGUGAAUUUUUCUAGACCUGCUGUUUCUUCUCAAUUAACUGGGGAAACUAAUGGCAAUGAAAGUGACAGGUCACUUAAAGUAAAUGGUGUUAAUGGUAACAAGGGAAACGAACAGUUGACACUUGAUGAGUUCUCUAUUGGAGAGAGACAACAAGGUCCUCCUAUAUUUUCAGGCGCCUUACCUUUUCAUCAUGGAGCUCGCACCACUCCAUUCGUACCCAAUGUCCCUCUUUCUGGAUUAGAAGGUUUUCAGCAACAGUAUUACAUGGAUGCCCAUUCUUCUCCAUAUAUUCAGCCCCAAUCCCCCUAUGAUCAUCCCAAUGCUGCCAUGCAGCAACUGAAUAGGCAUCAAAUAGCAUGGAGGCAUUUGGAGGAGGAGAGAGUGACGAGAAUGCAGCAACAAGUUGCUUAUUUGCAGCAGCUCCAAAACCAGGGGACUAAUCAGGGGAGCCUCAAUUUAGACAUGGGAUCCUUUGCUAGAAACACUAGGCAGUCUUUCUGUGAUAUGACACUCUCGCCUCAGAUGGAGCACUCUAAUCAAAGCCCUUUUUGGGGCAAUGGGGUGGUUCAAGGAGGAGUAAGCCCAACUGAUUUUACGCUCAUGGGUGGUAGUCAUUGCCGAUAUUAUUCUCAGGGGCUCUGUGGAAGAGGUGAGACCUGCUCAUUUACACACACACAGAAGCAAUCACAAGGGAGCGGUAGGGGUUGUGUGUCAUGUGCAUUGUUUCCAAAAGAUUUUCAAGGGGUCUCGAUGAUGGACAAAGAGGAAAAACACCUUCUCCCUGAAAAGAUCUUGACAAGGUCUCAUGGUGUGAACUCAAUAAGGGCCAUUAAGCAAAAUGCACUAAUGGGGAAGAGUUCUAUCAUGGCAACGGACCCCUGGGCCAAUGCCAAAGCCUUUGCAAAUGGGGUUUGCCUCUCCACAAGCAUCUCUAAUGGGCUUUCCUUCCAGCUCGACGGCCAAUGCCCUAGGGGUUCAUCACCUGAGAUAGUGGAUCAUGGGUUAUCUCUUAGAUAUCAAAACCAGUUGAAAUUUAGCUCCUUGGAUGAGGUUGAAGGGAAAAUUCUUUUAGUUGCAAAGGACCAGCAGGGAUGCCGGUUAUUGCAGAAGAGAUUUGUAGAGGGAACACUGGAAGAUGUAAACAAGAUUUUUGUUGAGAUAAUUGAUCACAUUCUAGAACUAAUGGUUGAUCCAUUUGGAAAUUAUCUGGUUCAAAAACUUCUUGAAGUGUGUAAUGAGGAUCAGAGGACUGCGAUAGUUCACAGGAUCACUGCAGGAGAGCACAUUAUAACCACAAUCUCUGUUAAUAUGCAUGGAACUCGAGCUCUGCAGAAAGUUAUAGAGACUCUCCGAACAAGGGAACAAAUCUCCUUGUUUGUUUCCUCUAUCAAGCCCUGUCUACUCAAUUUGAUCAAUGAUCUGAAUGGUAAUCAUGUUGUGCAACGCUGUUUGACAGUACUAUCCACCCCUGAUUCUCAGUUCAUCUUUGAUACGAUAGCAGUUCACUGUAAGGAUAUUUCCACUCAUCGCCAUGGUUGCUGUGUUAUUCAAAAGUCCCUCAGUCCUGAGUUUGGGGAGCGGAGAUACCCAGUUGUGCAAAGGGUGGCUGCACAUGCUCUCGAAUUAUCUCAAGAUGCAUACGGGAAUUACGUGGUGCAAUGUGUGUUGGGCCUUGAGAUACCGUGGGCCACGUUACUGCUUUUAGAAAAACUACGUGGUCAUCUUGCGAUGCUAUCUAAGCAGAAGUUUAGCAGCAAUGUUGUGGAGAAAUGCUUUAGCCAUGUGCAAGAUGAGCAGAAGAGGAGCCUAGUGCGUGAGCUUUUGAAGCACUCCCCAUUGUUGGAACUUUUGCAGGAUCCUUAUGGCAAUUAUGUUAUUCAAGCCGCACUCAAGUUCGCUAAUGUAUCUCUUCGUGAUGAAAUCCUGAAUGCCAUCAAGCUCCAUAUUCCUAUGCUUAGGAGCAACCCUUUCGGAAAAAGAAUUCUCGCCUCCAUCAACUCGAAGAAAUAGUUCUCUCUCUCUCUCUCUCUACUUUCUCUCUCUACUUUUACUAGUGCCCAAAAGCCUGUAAGCCUGCAUACAUAACACUCUCUAGAGAGUAGAGGGAGAGCUCUAAAGGACCAGUUUUGUAGCUAACAAGGAGGGGAUCAUGUCAAUAGUGUAAUAAAGAGAGAAGGUAAGAAGGUUUAUGACUUCUUGUAGCCUGGAAGGGUAGGCUACAUAGUUUAAGGUGACUUUUUUUUCUGCUUCUUUUUUGUCAAUAUUUUGUGGACUUGGCCGGCAUUUUGCACGGGGUCGAAUAGAUGGUUGUAGCAGGUCUUAAUUGUAUGUGGUCUUGAUCUGGUUCAGAAUAAAUGGUGGAGGAAGAAGAUUUUGGUGUGGUAAACUCUUGUCAGAUUGGAAAAGAAAUGGUGAGGUGGGUUCAUAUGAGCCGCCUCUUACAUUUUGUUUGUUUUUAUCUAAUAUGUAGAAGUGUCUGCCUUUGUAGUGUCUUGUAAACGCUCUUAUUAUGUAAGAUCACACCUUGUUUAUCUCUCUC